AUGAGCGCCGUUUCUGCUGUCAUCAACCCCGUCACUGCUGACAGACCUAGCUCAGUUGGCGACAAGCGUGUCCUCAUCUUUUCUGCAACCUCCAAGUAUAACACCGUCUCAUUCGAGCAACGCAAACUCCGAACGGCAGAGAAGACUCCUCGCCGUCACGAUGGCAUGAGCGGUGGCCCUCUCUCGCAAAAGGUCAAGAACCCAUCGUCGUUGGUGACAAUCAACUACGAUGACGCCGCAUUCGUCUAUGGCGUGUCUAUGUACACACCCCCAAAGACUGGGGAGACACCGCCAGAACCUAUCGCUGUGCUCUCGCUUUUCCAUCCAGUUCAUCAGCAUGUUGCCAAGGAUGAAGAAGGAAACAAGAUCGUGGUGCCGAACGGGUUCAUCGCUGGCUGCACCGACAACGAACACCUUUGGAUAUACUACCAGUCAAAAUCGGCCGAUGGAAAGAACGUCAUCAUCAAGAGAAGCGAAGUAUCCGGAGCUACGGCCAACAUUACCAAUCUCUCAGUCGAGCAUGUGUUGGAGAAGACGUGGCUGGGAGCUUUCUAUGAUGGCAAAUCCCAAUGGGUUGUCUUCCAGUCUGACAACAACCGUCUUACCAUCUUUAACGCAAACAAGGGAAAAGACUCCGAUAUUGACGAUGACGAGAAAACGUUCAUGCCCUACACUCCAAUUGCCUGCGCAUUCGUCCCUACCGAAAAAAUCGACCCCAACAAGGUGCCCAGUUUCAAGCCCAAUGCCAACGUGCUUGGACGAGCCUUUGUCUACUAUCUCUACAAACACGGCGGUAACAACAUCUUGCAACGCAGAUAUGCGGAUAUAGAAGACAAAAAGUACGCUCCCGACUGGAAGGGCCCCAUCGAGGCCGGCAAGGGCCCGCAGGCCGUCCAGGCUACGGCGCAGAUGAGCGUUGUUGUAGACCACGAGCAGCAGUGCAACUGGAUCUACACUCUUAUGGAGGAGAGUGACACUGUCAGCGCCAUCCGUGACAACUGGGCUGCAGACAGCAACGAGGAAAAGUGA